AUGGUAUUCCUAGCUGAAAGUGGUGCUGCCGCUGCCAAGCCGGGAUCGAUCCCCAAGCACGUUUCCCUCAUCACGCUGACGUUUCAAAACUCUGCGCUGAUCCUCAUCAUGCAUUACUCUCGAAUCAUGCCCACUUCUGACGACCAUCGAUACUUUACCUCGACAGCCGUUUUAAUACACGAAGUCAUCAAAUUCGCCAUUUCGCUCACCGUUGCGAUAUACGAAGCUUCCAAGACGCUUGCGCCGAGCACGCCUGCCACCGUCCUGUUUGAGCAAAUCUACAAUGGAGUCUUCUCUGGUGACGGCUGGAAGCUGGCUUUACCGGCCGUCUUUUAUACACUGCAAAAUAUGCUGCAAUAUGUUGCCGUCGGCAAUCUAGACCCUGUCCAUUUCCAGGUCCUGUACCAGCUUAAAAUUCUCACCACGGCCGUCUUCAGCGUCUGCCUUUUGAACCGCUAUCUCGGCGUCACGCGCUGGAUUUCUCUCAUCAUUCUUACAGUUGGCGUCUCUGUCGUCUCGCUUCCUUCCGCUGGCGAAUCCCUCGAGUCGCUCUUCCUCCACGGUGUCGCCGACCACUUCUUUCCUCGCUCGCAACACGAGCUUGGCUUCCAGGCCAACACCGAGAACAGCGAACCACCCGCGCACCUCAGCCGCCGCUCCGCUAGCUACCAAGGAAUCAACAGCGACCAAUCCCCGUCAGAGCCAAUCAUGAACUAUUCGGUCGGCCUUACGGCGGUUCUCAUCGCCGCAACCGUGUCUGGCUUUGCGGGCGUUUACUUUGAAAAGAUUCUCAAGGAGUCUCCCUGCCACAAUAGCGUUUGGAUCCGCAACCUGCAGCUGGGCGUUUACUCGAUUCUCGCUGCCUUUUUCGGCGGCGUUGUCUGGCAAGAUGGAGCUGGAAUCAUGGAGCACGGCUUCUUUGAGGGCUACAACUGGGUUGUGUGGUGCACAAUUGUGCUGCAGGCCGCAGGAGGUGUGAUUGCCAGCAUCGUCAUUAGAGAUGCCGAUAACAUCGUCAAGAACUUUGCCACGGGCAUCAGCAUCGUGGUCAGCUUCUUUGUCAGUGUCUGGCUGUUCAACUUUCCAGUUACGUUUACGUUUCUCGUCGGCACGUCUUUGGUUCUGGCCGCUGUCUGGCUGUACAGUGCUCCCGAGCGCGGCCGUUCCCGCCCUGCUCCUUUACGCAUCGCCAGCUUUGAAAAGCCUGCCAUUGAGAGAACACUUACCCCAGGUUCGACGCCGCGGACUGUUGAUCCUAGGCGGCUCAACAUGGACCCCUUCGAGGCCAAGGGCCUGUCGUCGAGCCGUCCGAGCAGCCCGGCACCGACACCGCGCCAGGUCAGCCGUACCAACCUGGCAAAGCAGCUAUAG